UGCUAGAAUCAUUGAAAAUUGUCUAAUCGAAAAAACUUUUACCCAAAAUUAUCCCACUAAUGACAAUGUCCUGUUUAUGUUAUAAUUUGUUGUUUAUUGACAAUUGUAUUAGCUUUAUGAAACAAGUAAAUAGGUAAUUAAUUUUACCGUUCCAAAUUGUGGCUGUUGUUUCAACGACACCAUCAAAUUGACAUUGCCAGUUGCUUCAACAUCGUUUGAAUAGACAUGACCGUCAACAGUCGGCCAAUCGUUACGGUCAGUCUCGAGAAUUUUCAAGCAUUUUUUAAGAGAUCUAUUCAGCGCGUCCCAGUCAACAUUAUUUUCAUUGCGGUCUUGUUCAUCAACGGAUUGAGUCUAAUCAGUAUGGGUAGAUAUACUAACCGAUGUAGUUUUUACAUCUGUGGUGCCGCACAGUUUGUCUUCGGUUCGUAGUCCUGCGUAUUGACAAGAAACGUCUGUUUUUCUAAGUCCAAAAGUGAUUGAACCCGACGACGUUCGCAGGGCUAUCGCUGAACAUUAUAGGAUAUUGUUAUGAUGAGUAUGUAUAACUCGACAAUGUGGAAUCUGAAAUCAAACAACAAAUGCUCAUCUCGGUUUGUUUUGAAAUGAUCUAAUCAAUGGUUGUACCGCCAUAAGGGUUGUUAUUGUGAUGCCAGUUAUUGUUGAUACUGUGGUAACUAUGGGAACAUCACAACAAUAUAGCUAGAAAAAGUCUAAAAUGAAUAGUGUCAAUAGAAGUGCCUCGACAAGUCGUGGAAAAUCUAGAGAAUUAACAAUGAGGAAGUAUAAAAAUUCAGCACAAAACUAUAAGAAUCCAAUCCAAUUUUCGACUAACUCAUCUGAAGAUAAAUAUCGUAACAGGUGGAACCGUAGAUCGUUGAGUAGUUCAUCUUCUAGUCGUUCAAGUUUAUCACUAUCUCGCAAAAGAAAAAUGUCACCAUCCCGUUUAUCCGAUAGGAGAUCUUUGCGUCGUUCAUCCGAUAGAAGACACCCGCGCCGGUCUUUAUCUAAAAGUCGUACCACAUCUCAAACGCCAAGACGCCGUUCACCUUUUGAAAAAUCUCCAUCGGCACUCGAUUCAAAAAACACAAACAAGUUGCGCAUAAAACCGCCUAGACCAUUGCAUAGAAGGCCAAACGCAAAUGUUUCUCAACAAAAAAAAAGAAAAUCCAAAGCGUUCGGUCAAUGUCGCAACCGACAGACUUCUGAAAAAAGAAGUCCGUCUGAUUCAGAGGCUUUCGUAAAUUCACAUUGUUCAAUGGACGAAAGUACAUCUUCGGAAUCAUCAAAUUCUCCCCUAUCGACCUCAGGUAGUAAUCGUAGGACUUUUACACGGUCCUCGAAAAAGGGGAUAUUCAGAAAGAAUGAUCGAGUUUAUACUGAAUAUCUUUCUGGAAAAACCAGUUCAUCAAGCGCAGAAACUUACAUCAAAUCAGAACCUUGCGUCAAAUCAGAGGUCCACGUCAAAUCAGAAGAUCAAACAGAUGCUGUUCGGAAUAAACUAGUUCUCGAAACUCCAUUUCGAUCAAGAUCGUUUUCCGUGCCGAGACAUUCGACAUUAGAAGGUUUUAACAAAAGAAAGGGACUGUCCGGAUCACUUGCAAGACCAGUAAUUAUAAAAACAGAAAAGGACAAAAACAAAAUAUCACACAAGAAGACAAACUGUCACAAACCCAAGUCUUCCAAGACCGAUAGAUGGUCUACACAUAAACCGUUCAAAUUUGAUCUAAUGGCGGAGUUGAAUAAGCCAUCUACCAUGAAUCUUUCUGAACGUUUUGGUAGACUAGCCAGAUUAGGUCCAAGAAUUCCACCAGAACAAAAGACACGUUUUAAUAACAGCGGAGCUAGAUCAGGCUCAGCGCCUUACAAAGUGCACCAUACUGAUUAAUUUAUAUUAAGUAUAAAUUGUUAAUAAUAGGUAUAAAAUUGUAUAUAUUACGUUAUGCUUAUGUACCAUGUUCAUAAUAAUUUAAAAUGAGUUGGAUGCUAUAAGUUUAACCUAAACAAAUAUUCUUAGUUGUGGAAAUUCAUUUAUGUAAUAUCUAUAAA